CGGAGAGAGAGAGAGAGUGUGUGUAUAACUUUGGGAAACAUAGGAAGAGGCAGCAAAAGGGAACAAACUUUUCUCUCUUGGCUGCUUCCUUUUGGACUUUUUCACAUUUCAGCAAAGACCUCAGAGUUGACAGAACGGAAUCAAGGAAGGAUAAUUUGUCUGCUUUACAAGUUAAAGAGUUAUUUCUCUAAUUUUGUGGUUAGCAGAGGUUAAUUUGUUUUGUUGAAAUUUGCAUUCUUAUCAAAUUGGUGAAGGCGUGACCACCUGAAAUCUCUACAAACUCAGCUGCAGCUCUUUCUCUCACACACACACACAGACAGACAAAUAUACACACACACCUGUUUUUGAGGAUUCCCCGGGAGCGUAAUCAUGGGCAUCUGCGUCACUGUUGCUUGAGGGAGUCUGUGAGGCUGUUAUCUGGUGGUGGCCCCGCUGAAUGUUACAGUAGACGUUGACCUGCCGGUCCAGAGAAGACGGGGGAGAUGUCAACCUACUACCCACGCACCAAGGACCUGACUCGCACCAGGAAGUCAGUGACAGAUUCUCCACCGUCCUCUCCGUCCCCCACAGACAAAAACUACAGACAUGAAAGAUUGUCAAGAUAUGACUCCAGUGGGGAGAGUGUGACAGACAAACCAUUGGGCCGCACCAGCUCUUACACUCGGAGAGAGACGAGGCUGGCUGCUCUGAACAGACAGGAGCAGGACUCCACUACCAAAGACUAUAAGAAGAUGUAUGCAGAAGCUUUGCAUGAGAAUGAGAAGCUCAAGUCCAGGUUGCAGGACAGCAAACAGGAACUGGUCAAGAUACGUUCCCAGCUGGAGAAAGUCACUCAGAGGCACGACAGAAUAUCAGAGAGAUCUACAGUACUUGAAUCAGAGAAAAGGGAAAAACAAGCUCUUGAGAAAAGAGUGUCAAACAUGGAAGAUGAGUUAAAGGCUUUCCCUGCUCUGGCUCAGGUCCAGACCCUGAGGAGGGUGAACGAGUGUCUCCUGGCUGAGAAUAGAGCCAUGCUGCGCGUCCUCGCCCGCCUCUCUGAGACGGCCUCCAUGCCGGAGACAGAGGACCUCUGAUCUUCUGACACCAUCUGUCCUCCUUUCUCCCCCUCCUCUCCCCUCCUCAGCCUCAUAACUUCUACUCUCCCCUCUUCUUCUGGUGCCUCUACAGCCCCCUCGUCCUCUGCUGUGUUCCUCUCAGAUCUUAACAGAGUUAAAAUCAGACAACCAGAGGCUUAAGGAUGAGAAUGGGGCUCUCAUCCGAGUCAUCAGCAAACUGUCCAAAUGAAAAGAUGUCUGAAGCUCCUGUUUGGUGGUUGUGGAUGCUCCAACCCUGUUAUUAUGGCAGUUUAAAUGUCCCAAGUUGUGACUCCUCUCUGAGUUAGGUGAUGGCUGCUUUGCACAAAUAAAUUCCUGUUGGGACUUGUAAAUAUCCAAAGAAAAGUGUUAAGGAGUUUCAGUCAAAUUUCACUGUGCGAGUUACAGCAAUUGUUUCUACGUGAUUAGUAUUCAUAAUUUUGUAAUAUUCAGUGUUUUAUAUUAAUAAAUUAGGGACCAGUUGUACUGUUUGAUAACCUUACAAGGCUCAGUUCAAACAAAUCCAGAGGUUUGCAUGAAGGUACUGUUUUUAAUAAUAUAACCAUCACAUGGAGACAUCAUGAUUGUUUGCUACAUCCCGCACUGCAGAAAACUAUUAUAAUGUUGUGUUGAUUGUGAAAAAGAGAGAAAUCAAGGACCCUAAAGGCCAUUUUGGCAUGGAGAUAUACUGUAUUUUAAUCUGAAUCAGAAUUUAUGACCACGCAGGUAAAAAUAAGGCCCAGCAAAGCGACAGACAGGUGCUCUGGUUCCAGAAGCAAAAACUAGAUAUUAAUAUAAAUCCACCAAGCCAUCUGCGUAGAUUGAAGCCAGCAGAGAAGUGCUGUUAGAUGCAGUUCUUCUAAUGGCAAGUAGAGUUUGGCUCCAGGCCAGGAAUGUAUUAAAAUAAAAGGAGAAAAUGCUUUUGAUGAUUUGUACAAUAUCAUGUGUAAAACAAUUAAUUUUUGACAUUUUUACUCUAGUAUAAAGAACUUUAGGCUUAACAACACACAUUGUUUAGGUGUGUGUUUUUGGUUUCUAUUUUAUGCGACAGUAAAAUCUCUAUCAUUUCAAAAAAUUCCAUGUUUGUUAACCUAGCGUAUGAUAAUGUCCCGACUGUGGUAUUUGAAGGGGGCUGCAUGCUAGCCCUGAGUAACGGAUAUAAUGCACUUUGAGUAUUUGGGCAUCACAGCGCUGUAUUAUCUUCAGACUGGUGUCAGUUUCCAUGAUAACCUAAUUCAGCGUUUGCCAGAUUUUGUUCAUCAGUUCUUUUUUUGGUUUUGGGCGCCAUUCUUCAUUUUUUGUUUUGCGUGUCCUCUAUAGAGGAUUUUUUAUUCAAUGGCUCAGCUUCAAAACAGCAGAAUGGCUACACAGAGGAGACGUGUGUAAAAGAAAGUGUCCUAUGUUCUGUAAUAGAGAUACAUUUAUUUAUUUAUGCCCUUUCUUAGUUCUAAUCGUCAUGAUUUGUUUACUCAAUUUUCUUUCAAUGAAAACACACCACUUCUUGGCCAUCUUUCUGUUAGGUGAUGAAAAAACGCAAAUGCCAAAAUCUUGGUAGAUGCGCCGUAAAUCACUGCUGAUAUUUUAGCCUUCACAAUAUUGCGUGAUGAAUAAUAAUACACAAAUCUCCACAAUCCAGCAUUGCAGGAAUUCAACUGUUGCUUGCACUUUUCAUUAUAUGUUGUGUAGAUUACAUUUAUUUUAAACUUUGUUGUGUGUGUGUUGAUACUGUCACAAUAAAUUAUGUUAAUUUAAUUAUUGCCUAACCACACUGAGUUAACAGUAUAUGAAGUACACCUACCUGGCUACAUGUAGUGCAGUCCAAUACUACAACCCUAAAAUAAAUCCCAACUUUUGUGUUGUUCUGGUCAUCUGGUUAUGGAGGCCUUAUUUACUGAUGCUACUCCAUUGUGUUGCAUUUUAUUAAAAUGUUUUUCAAUAUUUGGGUUCCACAUACUGUUUCAUUUUUUUUUUUUUAUGUUAACUAGAUGGUCUACUUAACAUGAGAAAUGCAAAUAAAACUAGAAAGAGGCUGCUGCCUUGUAGCGGUUCUUAAUGUGGCUUAUGGGGUGCCAUCACCUUAUAUAUUCCAAAAAGAAGGUAGAUAAAUGUCAUUGAAUCACAUUUAAUGUCUAAAACUGCCAGACUCUCCUUGCAUUUAAUAUCCUUGAGCUGUAGAGGUGCUACAAGUGAUGAAUGGUGUGCCAAAGACGAAAAAGGUUUUGGUAUCUGUCUUCUGUUCCCUCUAAUGGAUGAGUUGACCAAAAUCCCCAGGGUUUGAUGUUUUCCUUUAACACUCCGAUGGUUUUGGAGUCCAGUGUUAUCAUUGGUCACAUCCAGUAAUGUACUCAAAACCACAAAUAAGAUCCAUCUAUUUCUACACAUGUAGCUUUACUGAACUAUGUAGUUGAACCAUGUAUUGAGAAUGUUUAUAAUGUGUUGAUAGCUUAAUAUACACACAUUGGUUUACUCACUUUGCUUAAUAAACUGUAAAGGAGUGGAAA